AUGGUUUUAAGUAUAGUGUUGUCCUUAUCAUUCGUCGUGUUGGUAUCAUCCAACAACGGCUUCCAACCGCACGAGGUAUCAAACUACCAAAAUAUAUACACAACCCUCCCAGCCAACAUACCAGCCGAAAACAACCCCUAUCUUCAAAUAAAUACAGCCCAAAACCCGAUAACGCAAGAUAACUUACAACCUUUCAACAUUAGACAGAUUUUAUUGAACAGAAUCCUAUCAAGCCCACCCUUGCAGACGAUUUUCGAACAUAACUCAAAAGGAUAUGGUACAAAUUCCAUUGAUUGUAACAAUAAUCCGAUUGAAACAUUACUGAGAAAUAAUUACGAAGCUUCGACUACAGAUUAUGGACGUUUGAAUAAUGAUGUUAAUACUAAUACUAAUAGGAAUAAAGAUAAUGAAUCUAAUAUAGAAACUGAAGGAAAGCGUAGAAAACAUAAAAGGAGAAAAAAUUCUAAAUCUAAAAGGAAACCAGAAGAGAAUAUAAAUAAUCAUAAUCAUAAUGACACAGAAGAUAAUAACAAAGAAACCAGCAAAAGGUCAAAAAAGCGCUCUAAAAGACCUAAACAAGAUUCUCCUAAAGAAAACCAAGCUGAUAACAAUGAGAAUUUAGAGAAAAAGAACACCAAUAGACCUAAAAAACGGAAAAACAAAGAUAAUGAAACAAAUACUGAAGACGUUACUACUGAAAACCCUAAGCCGAGAAGAAGGCAUAAGAAGAAACCUAAAUCAGACGCAAAUGCUACAGACACAGCUAAUUUGGAACAACAGUUACCAGAAUUAAGAUUAAUCAACGAUGAUCUAAACUUAGCCAGUCUCUGCGAGGGUAUUACUGAAGAAUGCAGGCUACCAAGGAACUUGAAACAAGAAAAUAUCGAUAUACAGAAGCCUGUGACAAAUGCAGUUGACAAUUUCCCAAAUUCUUUUAGUUUCAAAACUUUCCAACAUUUAUACAACAACCCAUCUAUGACCAAUUUCUUAGCAAAUUAUGAGAAUAUUUAUAAAAACAUGCUAAACGCUAAUAAUCCUACAAAUGAGCCCCGAAAUGUGAGUAAGAAAAAACCGAAAAACACAAGAAAAACUCAAAGAAAAACCACUGUUAACAAUAAAAAUUCAACUGUAACUGCUAAUGAUAAAAUAACUCCACCAAGUCCCGUUAACUCUAAUAUAAACGAAACUUCGGAAAAACCGCCACAAGUGACCGAUAUAGCUCAAGCAAAUAACAACUCAACCACUGAACCCGAAAGCUUAAAUUUAAUUGAUACACCAAUGGAUGAUAAAGAGAAAAUACCAGACAAAGAUUUUAUAGAUACAGAAACUAAAGAUUCAGAAGAACCAUUUCUUAAUUACUAUGACGGUUACAUAGACGAUUAUUACCCACUUUUUACUGAUAAUGCAGCUUAUACAGCUAAUAACAGAGAAGUUUACGUCCAACAUUUGGGUGACACUAAAUACUAUUACACUAUAGAUAAGAACAAUCCAGAAGGAUUUGGAUUACCUGGACAUGUCACAAAAGAAUAUAAUCAUAACAAAAAAUACGAUGAAAUAGAAAAUAUACGCCCUAAAGAAGAUAUAGUACAAUUCCGUACUCCUCCACUGCUAGAAGCACCAGAUUUUGAAACAAGAAAAGUAGAAAUAGCUGAAGUAAACCCUGAAGCUUAUUAUAAUAGAGAUGAUAAUCCAAAAACUUCCACAUAUUCUCCGGUGAAGCACACAGAAGUAAAGAAGAAUGGUUUAAAUACAGCAGAAGAUAAAAAUAUUGAAACUUUGUUCGCUAAAUCUAAAGUUGCUAAAUACGGGACUGCUUAUAAACCAGAAGAAAAUGAGCAAUCUUCUGAAGAGGCGAUUGAGGUGAAAGAAGAAUUAAACGAAGACAGUUUUAAAGAUGGCGGAACGACUUAUGUUAUAGCUAAAAGUUUGGGUUAUAGGUACUGA